UCUCCCUCUCUCUCACCAUCAGCACCAGCUUCGAGGUCGAUGUGAUCCUUCCCCUUUCUUGAUCAUGAAUGCAAUGUGAUCGAUCAGUGCGCGUGACAUACAUUCAUCGAUCGAUCAGUUUGUCAGUCCAUUUGCUGGCUGAACGUCAGCGAUUUCAUUCCUGUCGCAUGUCGCGGUGUGUCGGUCUGUGUGUUGGUCGGUCAGUGGCGGGUUUUGCUCAGACGACCUGCACCUGCUGGCCGGUCACUCUGUCGACGCGUGGGAACACAGUGCCGUACCCAAAUCGACGCUUCUGGCUCGCUGACACACACACACACACACAGACAGAGGGAGAGAGGAUCCGCUCAUUCAUUCUUGCAUCCACAGAGUCAGGUUUUGGCUGACUGGGGAGGGGCAGCGGGACGAGCACUUUGUCAAUGUCUUCGCCCAGCACUGACACAAAACACACACUCAUGGGUGCCCCCAUCCAUCCAUCCAUCCAUCUCCUUCUCGUGUGCACACGAGUGAAUGACCUUGGAUGAUGUUCUCGACGAUGCCCAUGUCGUAUGGAUUGGGACGCUCACCCUCUCUGCGGCGCUUCUCACCUACACACACAUCCAUCCAUCCAUCCAUGAGACAUACACUCCAGUGUCAACUGAUGUGUGUGUCGGUCGUUGUUGUAGGUACAGAAUUCGAUGGUUGUCAUGUUGUGGGAGAUGAGCCAGCAGUGGAAGAGAAAGAACCCGCCAACCACCAAAGUCAGAAUGUACGACAGCACAAUCCCAAACAGCACGAUGAUCAACGUACCUGCAGUCCAACACGAGAGACAUCAUCUACAUGCCUCACUGACUGUCUCCCUGUCUCCCUCACCGUAUGUGCUCAUUGGGUCCUCGGCGUAGACGGCGAAUCGCGGCGUGAGUGUCAAAUCGACCAUCAGCAGCACGCACACAGCGUACUGAGAAGAGACACCACCGACAACAAGAUGCCAAUCGUCCCUCCCUCCUUCUCUGCCUUCCCUCCCUCUCACCAGCAGGGACAGGAAGAAGUACUUCUGAUGGAUGCAUGAAACACACACCCACACCCACACCCACACCCACACACAGACACACACAUGCAAUGCAUGUGUGGUUGGUCCUUUACUGCGUGUUUCGUGCCUGGUUUCUGAAUCCCACGCAGUUGGCGAUCCACUGCAGACAGACACAUGGCACACGGAGGGGACAAGCUCACCGAUCCAUCUGCAGCUGAUCGGUAUGAGAUCAAACCGGGCAGUAGUGGUCCAUCUUGAGGAUGUUGCAGCCGAGAGGCCGGCAGUAGUGCGCCCUGUCUGAUGAAUAAACAAUAUACCAACCGACAUACAAGUGACCGGUGCACACAUUCAUCCAUUCAUCCACUCACGCACCUGGUUUGAAGAGUUUCUCGUAUUUGCAGAAUCGUUUGUCGCCGUUCUCCUUGCGCUCUAUCACGAGCUCGUCUGCCGGCUCUGUCGACCACUGGCGGCUAGGAAUGAAGCCGGCGUCCUCCAACACGGCACGGGCGUACGACCACACAAACAACCCCAACAGAAAGUGCAGCACAACCGCCUCAAUCCAGCCCUCUGCACGUCAGAAAGAGAAACAGAGAGAGGUCCAUCAACAUUGAUAGACAAUGGUGAGUCAUGAUGUGUGGUCUCCCAUUACGCGUCUCGAUGUCGUGGUUGCGGAUCUUGGCGGGCAACGCACGCUGCAGCAGCGGCAAGAUGCGAUACCUGAAACAACACACACUCACAUGUCUCCCUCCUUCUCUGGCAUGGUGGGUGGACUGAGUCCACUGACAGAAUGUGUGCGACGUAGAUGAGUCCGAAGAGGAAGGCGAUGAACACAACCGGCGAGUACUUGACGAACGACUGAUCCAAGGAACGAACAGAGACAUUAUCAUGCAAAACAACAAGUGCUCUGCAGCUGCUCUCUCUCUCUCUCUCUCUCUGUCGAGCAGUGAGAGUAUGCAUACCUGCUGUCGGGUGAGGUCUGCGAGGAGCAGAGGGUACUUACGGUCUGACUCACGGACGGGCUCCUUCAUCACCUCCCUGCUCUCCAU